UAGAAACUUCUCGACGAUAGCGAGAAGCACUCUCCCAAAUGUUAAACCUUGGUUACUUGGAGAUAAUGAGCAAGGGGAGAAGACGAUCAAUGUAAUUGAAUAUGCAACGGCCAUUUUAGAACAGCAUCACUACGGUAUACACAUUUAGCUAUUUCAAUGACACUUGUCAUAAUAUCCUAACACAGAUAAUUAGCAACUUGGUUUUGGAUUAUUUGGGAGUUGGCUACCAACUGGAGAUUAAUUGAGCACCAUGGACUGGUCAGACUAAUUAUUUUUCCACACUUCACACUCACCAUGCCAAGUUGUCAAAAGAAAAUUAUAUUCUCUGUUGCCGGAGUGUUGAGUUUCGGUUGCGUCCUCAUUAUUGCCGCCGCGAUGGGGACGCAGUUUUGGGUCCAGGGGACUGUGUUGUGUACAACCGGUGCGCAACUUGUAAAUGCCACAGGACAAGAGCUGGAUAAAUUUGUCGGUAGUGUUAACUAUGGUCUUUUUCACGGACAGAGAGUGAAGCAAUGUGGACUUGGCGGAAGACCCUUCAGAUUUUCAUUUUUUCCGAACUUGGUGGACGUCAUCCCAGCCAGUCUUCACGUCACUGUGAUCUUCUUCUGCGUAGUGCUCAUCUUCUUCUCCUCUGUGGCCACAGGCUUCUUUAUGUACAAUGCCUUUGGUAGUCCCUACGAGACCCUGCAUGGACCCCUGGGACUCUACCUCUGGAACUUUGUCUGCUGCCUCUGCAGCUGCCUGGUGAUGAUUCUGUUUGCCUCCGAGGUGAAGCUCCACCGGCUGUCCGACCACAUCGCCAACUUCAACGAGAGCACGUUUGUGUACAAGACGCUCACAGAGCAAUUUGACCACUCCUUCUGGCUCAUCUUCCUCACCUUCCUCGUCCAUGGCCUUAACAUCCUGCUGAUCCGUGUGGCCGGGAUCCAGUUCCCCUUCCAGGAGGCCAAAGAGUCGGACGUGAACACCGGGGCAUCAGAUCUCAUGUACUGACCAGGGCUUUUGUUUGUUUGUGUGGCCGCUUGCCGGGCCCCCCCACUAUAGUGACACUGAGCCUCAGCUAUUAGCGUGUCUCAAUGGGAGACUUGGGGCCAUAGCUUUUAUGUGCCCAUGUGCUGUUGAAAGGUCCAAGCAAAUGUGACCCUCCUGAACCGCUUCUUUUCCGAAAUCCAGUGACAAGCUGUCAGUCCUUCAGACGACAACUGGAGACGUGUCCCUGGCCAUCUCUGUUAGGGAAGCUGUUUUGAAACUUUGAGUGAGUUGGGUCUUGUUUUUCUUUCCGUUGUUAAUUGGUUGUAUUUCGUUAGGUGGUGGGCCAAUUAAAGGCCAGGAUUUCACUCAGCUGUUGAAAAGCAGAGACUUGGUUGGUUCCACUCCAUCAUGUUUUUACGUGCAUUGGCAGUCCUUCCCUUGGCAGUCCAAAGCUUUAUCAAUGAAGGUGGACCGUUCAACAGUGUGUCACGAUUGAUUGACCAGAAUAGGUACCAUGUGUAUUAUGGAUUGACGAUAUCGUAGCCUUUCAAUUUUGCCCCCGAAAUGUAUUGAAAGACCACAGCUGUAUAAAGUAAACCGAGCAGUUUCUUUAGCCCUUUAGCCCUGAAUAUUGGUUUUUACUUACUCAGGUUUAGAUGUUGCUUCAUUGUUUGAUCAGAUGAUGUAUUCAGAAUCAUGUGAUGUGCCAAUUUUUAUGAUUUUAAUGAUGAUCAUUCCUAAUACAACAUUUAUUUUAUGAAAUGUGUAGAGCUACUUAGAUUUGUUGUAGAUUUAUAUGCUGUUAUUGGUGUAAGUCCGAGGUAUAUGUAUUCUCUGUCGUAGGAAGAACAAUUGUAUAAAUGUCCACCUACAGUA